CUAUAAAAAAUGCAAAAUUAGAUGUGAAAAAUUCAAUAAAUAGUAAAUAGGUAGGUACAUAGAAAGCAAAUGAUCGUCAAAUAUGGAUGACUUUUUCAAAAAUAUUAGAUCAACGCUUGUAAAUGUAGAUAACAUUAUCAAAGAGGAACCUAUAUCGGAAAAUAAAAUUGAUCACAGUAAAUUACUAAAAGACAUAGAAACCAAACCCAAAGAUGAUACGCGAGUUAACGUUAACCAACAAUAUAUAAUAAUUAAACAGCUAAAACGAAAUGACUUAAACGCAAAUGACAAUUCAGGACCAUGUGAAGGUCGACUAGAGGCAGAUCAAAAAGACAUAAGUAGUUUUAAAUCGAUGGAAGUGAUUGGAAUAGUCGACAAGUCAUACAGAAAUAAAGAUACCAAAGAUGAAGUAAAAAGUUUCAGAAGUAAAAUAUUUGAAACGAUUAUGACAAAAACAAGCAGCUUUCUGGAACAAGUUACAGCUAGUUAUAGUGCUUUAACAAAGGAAGAGGAAGCACCAAUUGGUGAUGAAAUACCGGAGCGACUACCAUUUGACAUGUAAGAACGUGAGAGUUGAUGACAAGCCAAUAAACCUUAUAUUGGGA